GCAAAAUGGAAGCUAAAACUAUGUAGCAAUCGGCCUGUGUAUCUAACUUUGUGUAUGAAAUAUGCCAAGGGGGAGUAACGGGGACCUUCCCCUACCUUCUGGUUGGGAAGCUGUGAUAGAUGUAGAUGGAAAAACUUUUUAUAUUGAUCAUAAUACACGAUUAACGACAUGGAUUGACCCUCGAGAUAGGUUAACGAAGCCUCAGUCGUUUGCUGAUUGUGUAGGUGAUGAGUUACCUAUAGGAUGGGAAGAAGCUUAUAACCCUAGUCUAGGUGUCUAUUAUAUAGAUCAUAUUAACCAGGUGAACCAGCUGGAAGAUCCCAGGUUGCAAUGGCGGCAACAACAAGAAGUCAUGUUAAAAGAGUACUUGGUGACAGCACAAGAUGAUUUAGAGGCUAAAAAGGAGAUAUAUAAUGUCAAGGAACAGCGACUGGCAAUAGCUCAGGAUGAAUAUUCUCAUUUACACAAUACUCUAUCAGGAUGGAAAUCUAGUCGAACAAGCUUGAAUUCCAAUUCAAGUGUGGGAAGUACAAAGUAUGAUCCAGAUUUAUUGAAGGCCGAUGUGAACUUGGCAAAAGAAAGAGUAGCCAGGUUAAAAUGGGAGUUACAACAGAUAUCUGCCGAAAUGCAGCAGCAAGAACGUGGUGUAGAAAAACUCGCCAGGGUAGACCAAAAGUUGUCUGGUAUGAAUGGAGGUUACAGUGUAACCCAGGCCCAGGGAAUAUUAGGCAAGAUUCGACAGAUACAACAAGCAAUGUCUAAUAGUGAAAAGGAAAAGAUGGAACUAAUGCAGACAUUGGCAAGAUUAAAAGAAGAGUUUUUGUUAAGUCGUUAUGGUGGUUCGUCACCGGAUGUGUCGACACUUUCUUUAAAUCAAGAUAGUUCUACAACUGCAUCACAGACAGAUUUAAGAGGGGAGUUUGGAUUGUCACAUAGUCGUUAUAUAGUAGAGAAAGCCCGAUUACGUCUACAGUGUGAUGAAGCUUACCAAAAACUCAGUGAUCUGAAAAUCAAACUAGCAACAGUAGAAGAUAGAAUGGUUCCUGGUCAGACAGAAUCAGAUAAAGACAGGUUACUUCUUCUACAAGAGAAAGAUCAGUUAGUAAGAGAAUUACGUAGUAUAGAUCCUAAAGGAAGAUCAGAUGAUGAAAUGUCAUCUAUUCGUCUUAGAAUUCGCCAACUGGAGCAGGAUCUCCAGACCGGUAUGGAACUCUCUAAUAAACAAAUAGCAGAAAGGUUAAAACUACAGAAUGAGAAGACCUCUAUACAACAACAGUUGUCUGAAACAACCAAAUUAACAUCUCAGUUAGAAAUGCAGUUAAAAAGCAUGUCUUUUAGUACCCUCUCAAUAUCAUCGGGAUCAAGUUUAGGAUCAAUAGGAUCAUUAUCCGCCAGUAGCCGUGGUUCGUUAAAUUCGUUAAGUGCUAUGGAUAUUUAUAAUCAGGCACAGACUGGUAGUGAUGUUAAUAUACAGGACUUACAUCAACGUGUGGAAAAACUUCUUCAGGGUCACAGUACUUGUAUGUCUCCCAUAAAUGAGACGCAUGUUCCUGUGGCUGAACCAGAAGCUCUGGAAGAUUUUCCCCGACCCAUGGCGGAAAUAACAGCUGCUGCCACCGAACAGUACUUACAGAGUGUUAUGGCGAGUAGUGAAAAUGUUUCGACCGCAGUUAAACCUCCGUCACCAAAGACUUCGUUGUCCUCGGCACAAUCACCUCCCUCUUCUCCUUACGAAGUGGGACCCCCACCAUCUUACGAACAACACGUAGAGCGUCAAAGACGUAUACAAAUCGGUAAUUCAUGGACUGUGGCGCCGCCGCCAACUCUUGAGCAAUCAAAAAUUGUGGAACUGCUUCCUAAUGUGAGACCUGUGUCCAAUCAAAAUGUGCCUUCAAAUUUGGGUGCAGAAGUGGCGGUUAGCAACAAUAAUAUGAAUAAUAAUAACUUUAUGAGGCGUCAUGGAGGAGAACUAUUUGAUUCUACUUCAAACCCUCCUCUUAGUCCUAUUAGUGAAAGUAGUUCGGGUGUGUGCAACAAUUUAUCGGGAGGUAAUACACGCAGUGUUUCGGCAGCCGUCAGUGACGAGUCUGUAGCAGGAGAUAGUGGGGUGUUUGAGGCAGCUGUUAAGAGGACUGGUGAUAUUGACGAGGUUUUAGAAACGAAACUAGAAAGUGCUCAGAUCCAAAUUAAAUUAAAAUAUGAAGGGGUGGAUAAAAUACUUUGUAUUGGUGUGGAACAGGGACGUAACUUGUUAGCUCUUCCUUUUCCUAAAAAUAGUCGAGUUUGCAUAAAAACAGCCUUACUUCCCCAUACUGCUGCUUUCUGGGAGACGAAGGCUUUGUUCGAUUUGAAGUCGCCCAAAUUUAAUGAGAUUCAUACAGUUGAAAUAGCAGAAUCGAAACUCUUUUCUCAGACGUUACAAGUUAAUGUCUUCUGUAUACUGGAAGCUGGUCGAGAUGACUGUUUGGGCUCAUUUCAAGUGAGUUUAGCGGACUUCGAUCCGAAAGAAGUAUCUAUUAGAUGGUAUAAUAUUUUGAACUUUAAGUUUAUGCAACCAGCUGGUAGAAAAGUUUGUACACCGAGUCAACAAUCAUCUUCUGGUAGUUCUGAUAUCAACAAAUCUUCAUCACAAAAUAGUCAGAAGGAUGGUAAUGAUAGAGUUCAAUUAUUGCUGGAAGCGUCGUCUGCUAAAUUACGUAAAUCUUCAUUAACAAGUGAUGAUCGUUCUUCAUCUCUAGAAAAUACGAGUCAAUUAAAAUCUUUGCAAGUUAAAUUAAAGGAAGAAUCAAGUGAUGAAUCAACAAUCAUAUCAUCACAAACAUCUACAUUAACCAGAAAUCAAGGACCAGAAGCUAUGGAGGGUCAUGGUGAUGUAAAUGAUGUAGAUGGUGAUUACUGUGAAGAUUGUGAUGAUGAUAUUGAAGAGGAAGAUGAAGGGGAUUAUAAUGAAAUGCAACAGCUAGUCCUUGAGGAACUAGAAAGGCUGGAGAAUUCAGACAACUUUGAUGAUAGAUUCACAGAAUCGGAUGAAUCACUCCAUAUAAGGAAGUGUGAUCAAUCGACCAAUACAGAAGGAGAAUAUCGUCUUCGGGAAAAUAAACGGCGAACACAUGAAGCUGUUCGAAACAGUGCCAUCAGACGAUCUCAGACAUUUUCACCAGCUUGUCGUCAAGGUCCUGGAUACAUCUGUAAGCUCAAUAGAAGUGACAGUGAUAGCUCAAUGCCUAAAUAUAAGAAGGGUCCAUUCCAUAGGAAUGCUCUAGAGAGACGAAGUUUAAGAUGGAAAAAACCUGAAGUUGAAACAAGUGGCCCUCCAUCUGGCCAUCUACCAAUUAGAACCUCUCUAGAUCUGGAACUAGAUCUACAAGCUAAUCACACCAAGUUUGAUCAUUUACAAGAUGAAAUCGCACGAUUAAAAGAUAUCAACAAUAGAUUGUUAGAGGCUAAAACAAAAGGUGAAACUGAAUUACCCCAGUGGAUGAGUGAUGACCAAAGUUUCCAAAACCUUUUAUCAGAGGCAGAAAAACUGACAUUAUCAUUAUUAAAAAGAUGUGCCCAGAGAAAUGAUAUGAAGACGCAGGCCUCAAAACAAGAGAGAAGAGCAGAACAGUUAUUAAAACGUGCUACCAGAGAUGUUCAGCGUAUGAGAAAAAACAGCCCUGCUUCUAAUGUUAUAUCAUUCAGAGAAAAGAUGGCAUUUAUUACAUCUGCAAAAACAACCGUUCCUGUUUUACCAGGAAAUAUAAUAACUGCUGAAACUGACAGGGAGAGACUUGAAGAAUUCUUACGGGAUGACAGAAUUGGGGAAGAGGUGUGAAAAACUUCCUGCCACAAGCUUCUAUUGAUGUCUUCUCCUAUGAAGAUUUGGUUAUUGUUGGUACCGUUCUUGCAGAUCUAAACCCUUUAAUGUGGAAGUCGCAUGAUUGGAAAUGCGCUCAGAAUAUCAGUUGGCAGUUUCAUUAUAAACCCACUGAUUAUUCUUGUUUGCAUGGUGAUCAGUAACACUGCUUUUGUGUUGUCAUGGUGAUCAAUAACACUGAUUUCUGUUGCUAUAGUAAGAAACAGGACCGAUACUGUGGGCUAUAGCAGCAUUAAUUCAGUAGAUGAAAGUCAAGGUCAAUUCAAGGACAGAAUAGAAUAAUGCAGCAGAUUAAAGGGAAAGAACUCUGUUGGUUUAUUUAGAUCUUAAAACCAAAGAAAUCAAUUAAUUUGUUGAUUAAAAAGACCAAUUGAAUGUUUGAAAGUGAACGAAAGGUAAAUCUGAGGAAUGGAAUCGUGGUAUGUAAUACAGCAUUAUAAGUUAAUAGGACUAUUACGAGUUCAAAUGGUUUAACUGUAUGUAAAAUGAACAUUGUACAAAUGAAAGUUCUGGUAUUUUCUUGAAAAGUGGACCUAUUAUAAUUAUAUUUCAUUGUUUAUAUACUGAACUUUGACCUUAUGAUAUUACUAUAUUUGGAAUUUUCAUUUUGUGAAAACUAAAAAAAAAAAAGGUUAUAAAAUGAACUUUCAAAAAAAUAUUCCAAAAUGUGUGGUAUAUUCUAUAAAUGUUAUUAUAUUCUGAAUGUUUUUUUUGUUUUUUUGAAAUAUUAAAAUUAUGUGGAACCACUAUUAUGAUAAGCAUUAUAUAAAUAAAAAUGUGUAUUAUCUAAAUAUUGUCGUCAUUAAUAAUAUAGUCAGCUUUUAUUUUAAGAACUAUUUUGUUUUGUGUCAGUUACUUUAUUCCGUCAAGCCUUUCUUUUCAUUAUGAACAAUUAAUCGAACACCGAUACAGUAAUUAAAAUAUUUCCUGUUUAUUUCCUAUGUGAGUAAAUAAAUGAAUAGAAAUUUUUUUAAAUUUUCUGACGAUAAAUUAGAAAUUGGGUAUUAUCAGGCUCACAAAUUCAUUUUUGUUGCAUGUAAUUAUGUCAUAUUAAUUGAUUAUGGCCAUUUAUAUCUUUCAUACCUGAAAAAAUUUUUUUUGUCUUUUAAAGAAUUUAAUUUUGUACAACAUCUAAAAGAAAGGUUUGACUGUUAAUAGUCAUGGUUGUGAAAUACUAAUGAUUACUACAUGUUAUUAUAUAAUUGGACUGUGGAAUAUAUCUAUUUAUCCUCAUUUAUCAUAAAAAUUAUAUAUAUAAUCACGCUUAUAAUUUUAUGUGAUUUUCUGUGAAAUAUGAAACUGUAUAUUUACUUUAUAUCUUUUGCUGGGUCUAAAUAAAAUGAUAUUAGAGCUGCUGAUAAUUAUUUGAUGGAUUUUGAAUCCCUUGAAAAUUACAAUAUUGUGACAAGGCCACUUUUUAUUACAAUUAAAUCUAAGCCUGAAGAUUAUCAAAGUUGGAAAAUGUUAGCGUGGAUUAAGCAGUGAAAUAUUAUGGUGGGGCCUAUUAUCCAAAAAAUGCAAAUGAUGAGUGGCUUAAAAAUUAGACUGCAAUUUUUGAGGGUUUUUUUUUGUUUUUGUUUUUAUUACAAUUACAUGCAAAACUAACUAUAUUUGGAAACGAUAAAUAAAUUUCAGAUAUUAAUUAGAUUCCAAAAAUACUUUAACUAUCAUAAUGAUGUGAAAAAAUUAUUGAAACAUUUUCAUCAAUUAGAGACCACUGAAUAAAAGUCCAUUUGUAGCUUAAUGAAAAAAAAAACCAACAAAAAAACCCCUCUGAUCCCGUUUAUUUCAGCUUAAAGAUAA